GGAAGAGGGUAAGAGGAAGGAAUAAGAGAUUGGAAGAUUAGCGUCUAAUCAUGGAAAUGUCCAUGAUUGGAAUGUUGGGAACAGAAAUAGAAAUGUGUAAUAGGAGGAGAGAGCAAAAUCUGCUGAAACUAAUGGUUGUUGAGGAUUGCGGAUUGCUGUCUCUAUUUCGAGCUUGCUGAAUUCCAGACUGCAAAAACACUGAGAAACGUUUAACCAGGAACCAGCCAUUUUGUCUUUCUGACUGUGAGUGAGCGCGGAAAUGAAAGUUCAUCCGGAGGAACAAGCUAUCUUUGAGGUAUGCUUGGUGGUUCCAAAAAGGAAAACGGAGGAAGAAUACGUCACUUAUGACUGUGUGGAGGUGCUCGAAAAUGCGUUUCAGAAGGUGGGUUUUAUCGUUGAGAGAAUUGAUGGGGUCACUGAUGAGUUCAUGAAGUUGGCAGCGCCUCUGGAGACAUUAGGAAAGGCUGCUGCACGCCUACAAAUGAAGAAGAGGACUCAUAUUGGUAUGGAUUUGCUUUUUGAAGUGGACCAGGUUAAAGCUUUUGUUAGACAGCCUGAUGGUUCACUCUUCAGUUGGUGUGAACGAUUUCGUUGCUAUCAUCACUUGAUAUAUGGGAUUGUAAAUGAGAACCAGUCCGCUGUAACUCUUAAAUGUGAGGAAGAAGAAUUUCAGUGGAACGUCGGGGAGAGUUUAAUCCGUACAUUGGAAUCCAAGAAAAUUGUUAAGCAAAUAUUUCCUCUACAUGAUGAAAUAAGGAGGAAGAAGCUCCUUGGAAACUGGGCACUUAACUGGUGGGAAUUCACCGGCCAGCCUCUUGAUGAGGUUUAUUCAUAUUUUGGUACAAAGGUUGCACUCUACUUUGCAUUCCUUGGAAUGUAUACACGAUGGUUGCUAUUUCCAGCUGCACUUGGGCUUAUUCUGCAGUUAGUUGAAUUUGGGUCCUUGCGGUUACUGGUCCUCCCUAUUUUCUUUGUAAGCAUUAUUGUAUGGGCCGUCAUGUUUUCCCAGUUCUGGAGACGGAAAAACUCUGCCCUUGUAGCCAGAUGGCAGAUCAAUUAUGCAUUUGGAGGUGAUUCAAGUUUUAGAUUUUCAGGCGUGGAAUGUGGCUCCCUACAAAUACCUGUAGAGCUCAUAAAAAACCAGGAAAUGGAUAAAACAAAAGAGAAAGAAGCGUUUCAAAGAUUUGAGUGGUUUGGCUGCCUUAGGCGAUUCAGAAAUGAUGCAAUCGUCAUCUUGAGCAUUAUAUGCCUGCAGUUGCCAUUUGAGUUGGCAUAUGCUCAUUGUUAUGAGGUUAUUCAGUCGGAUGUUAUCAAAUUUGGGUUGACUGUCUUGUACCUUUUUUCCAUUCAAUAUUUCACACGGUUGGGCGCUAAGAUAUCUAUGAAGCUCAUUAACUGUGAAAAUUACGAAAACAAUGAAAAAAGGGCUGAUAGUUUGGUCUACAAGAUUUUUGGACUUUAUUUUAUGCAAUCCUAUAUUGGAGUCUUCUACCAUGCCCUUCUGCACCGUAACUUUGCAACUCUCCGCCAAGUUUUAAUACAGCGUCUCCUUAUAUCUGAGGUGUUGGAAAACUUGUUGGAAAAUUCCGUACCCUAUCUCAAGUACAGCUAUAGAAAAUACAAAAUCCGGAGCAACGAAAGACGUGAAAAAGGAUCAUCUCAAGGGAGGAUCCAGUUCACUUCUCGGGCAGAGAAAGAAUACCUGAAACCUUCUUAUUCUGCGAGCAUUGGUGUUGAGCUAGAAGAUGGGCUCUUUGAUGAUUAUUUGGAGUUAGCAUUGCAGUUCGGAAUGAUAAUGAUGUUUGCUUGUGCAUUCCCUCUUGCAUUUGCGUUUGCUGCAUUGAACAACAUCACAGAAAUAAGAACUGAUGCUCUGAAACUGCUAGCUAUGCACAAAAGACCCUUUCCCCGUGCAGCAACAACAAUUGGUGCUUGGCUCAACAUUUUUCAGUUUUUGAUAGUGAUGUCCAUAUGCACCAACUGCGCACUUCUAGUAUGGUUAUAUGAUCAGGAAGGGAAAUGGAAGAUUGAACCUGGACUUGCGGCCAUCCUAGUCAUGGAACAUGUUCUCCUACUCGUCAAGUUCGGCUUCUCUCGUUUAGUACCCGAGGAACCUGCAUGGGUAAAAGCCAACCGCGUGCAGAAAGCCUCACAGGUUCAGGACAUUUGUUCAAAACAACUGUUAAGAACCAUAUCUGGUGGGGAAAAAACUCUAAACUAUGUAAAGAAAACCGUGUAGAAAGUGGAAGUUACUGAAAAAACACAUUUUCCUACUUCCAUCCUCUGCUGUAGAGCCAUAUAGAGUCAUAGAUAAAUAUCAUAGUAGUCUGAUUUUACGAGGUGUCCAUUUUUUUCUUCUUUUUUUUUUUUUUUUUUUUUUUUUUUUUGCCGGUUUUCUUGUUUUGAACAUUCACACGUACUGGUGGGUGAUUUUUUUCCUCCUUCAAUGGAUGAAGAAGGGUGGAAGAGAGAGAGAGAUUAAAUGAGAUGAUUCAUUGCACAUAAGGAAUCACUUUUAUACUUGUAUUGUA